CUCCGAUGAUGACUUGAUGUCAAUGGACUUAAGUUAUUUUAUGAAUUUCGUGAGCACGUUUCAGAUCUGACUGUAAUCCAACGUAAGAAAUUAUUUAAAGGGUAUGAUCCAGUGUGCUACUACUAGCCAAUUGUGAAUAGUGUGUUCAUGUACCAAUCAGUCCAAGAAACAUGUCAUCCAAUAUUUCACCUAAAACAUUGGUGAGGAAAAUACCAUAUGGUGUACUACGCCAUUUGACUUCGGUGUUGGAUAUUCCAAGCCCUUUGAACCGAAAUUGGGAAGGUCUUGCGGCAAUUAUACCCAAGCGAUCCGGCAGCAGUGAAAUGAAAUACAGACAGAUUGAUAUACAGACGUUUGCAUUGGAGCAUGCAAAACCUAAUGGUAGUCCCACGUUACAGCUCUUGUCAGACUGGGGAACUCAGAAUGCCACUUGUCAGGAGCUUGUUGAGUUGCUGCUGCAGUUAGAUCUGAUAGCGGCUGCAGAAAUAUUAUUACCAGACUAUGUUCACCAAAAAAAGACUCAACAACAAGAGACAAGGGCACCGAAUGCUACUAGACGUUAUGGUGAUGGUGGUGGCGACCGUGGUUCAAGCGAGGAUAGUUGGGAUAAUGCAUUUACUAAAAUCCAACAACCAGUGUCUCAAGUACAAUCUUUACAAUCACAAGUACAGUCUUCAAGUACUUUAUCUUCAGCAGAGUCAACUUCAUUGUCAUCAUCAACCAUUACUCACACAAAUGAAUCUAAACCAUCAAUGAACUUGUCAAAUGAUAAACCUUCAAGUAAAAGUGUCAUUGAGAAUCCAUCAAAAUUGUCUAAACCAUCUUCAAGUAUGCAAAAGAAUGACAUACCAAGAGAUUUUCCCAGUGAUACAACCAGUGGUAAUCGGGCUGAUAACUUGAAGGACAUCACAGAGAAAAUGAAGGAGGUAAAAAUUACUACAACAGAUUCUAAGGUAUCUGAGAUGCUUGGAUCUGGUAACACUGACUCCCCUGCGCCGUUAGUUUCAAUGGUGGACACAUCUGUUGAACAUUCGGGUAAAACUGCAGAAAUAAGGAUGACAUUACAAGAAGUUGCUCCAGAUAAAGAACUCUCCUAUACUGAUCUAUCGCAUAUGACAGAUGGCUUUAACAUAAGUAAACAGGAGGAUGGCGGUAACUUCAUCGGAGAAGGGGCUUUCGGUAUUGUAUUCUUAGGUAAUGCAAGUAAUGGUAACAAGUUAGCAAUCAAGAAACUGAAAGUGGGUGACACCCCUCUUUUGUCAAGGAUCACUGAACAGUUUAAAAAUGAAAUUAAGACACUUUUCAGGUGCAAACAUGUCAAUCUUGUUCCAUUGCUUGGAUAUUCAUGUGAUUGUAAUCAUUUGUGUCUGGUGUACGAGUACAUGUGUAAUGGUUCAUUGCAAGAUAGACUAAUGUGUAAUGGCAAUACACCUCCACUGAGCUGGACGACUAGAGUCUCUAUAUCCAAAGAUGUUGCCAAGGGAAUAACAUAUCUCCAUUCCGAAAAUCUCAUUCAUAGAGAUAUUAAAAGUGCAAAUGUUUUGUUAGAUGAGAACUUUGUAGCCAAGGUAGGAGACUUCGGAUUAAUUCGACCUGGACCUGAAAUUGGCCACAGCAUAACUAGAACGUCAACAGUUUUCGGCACUUCUCCGUAUAUGCCAAAAGAAGCCUUCAGCGGUACUAUAACGCCAAAACAGGAUACUUACAGUUAUGGAGUGGUUCUUCUUGAAAUAAUGACUGGGUUACCUGUGUUUGAUGAAAGCCGAAAAAGUUGUGAUUUAUGUUCGCACGUCGAAGAUGAAUGUGAUGCAGAUGAAGACUUUAUUAGCAUCGUUGAUUCAAAUAUGAAUGACUGGAAUGAGGAGUCAAUAACAGAACUGUAUCUAAUUGCACUGAAAUGUCUUGAACAUACACGCAAGAAACGUCCAUUCAUGGCUGAGAUUCUACCAAGGAUAGAGAGAUUAUAGAGAUAGAUAGAGAUUAUAAAGUCUUAUAAUCAAUUCAUGAACAUUGUAGAACAUUUUAUUGUAUGCUGUGUUGACAGUGCUUGGUUAACCCAAAAAUGCAGAGCAUGACGUUUUUUCAUCGAUUUUUUUUUUCUGAAAUAGAAGUAUGUAUGAAAAAAUGUUACUGAAUACUUCAUAAAGGAUAAAUACUAUUUUCAAAAAUAAUAUGAAUGGUCUCAAAUCAUGAUUUUAUGUGAAAUUUUGCAAAAUGUAAAUGAGCUAUAUAUGCUAUCUUGCC